GCACUGACUCAGAGAAAGACAGCUGAACGAGAUCGUAUGAAAGAAGAGGAGGAUAAAGAACUGAGAGUGACUACAAACCUUAUCUGUUUAAACCUUUUCCUGUUUCCGUUCCGGAAAUAAAACAGCAAAGAUAAUUAAUUUCAUACGUUGAUAAGGUGAUUGUUGAUGAUGAUGAAGAUGAUGAGGCUGGUCAUGGUGGUCAGUGCAGUGCUUGUCCUGAUGGUGGACAGCAGCAUGAUGGAGAGGAUUCGCAGCAGGAGAGAGCUGGCCAGCCCUCUGCAUGCUCGGGGUAUCCGUGAUCCAUUCGGCUCAUACUGUCAGAGAAGAGGUGGUUGCUGUGAGGGCAGGAAUGAUGAGUGCACUAUGCCUUACCUGGAUACCAUCUGUUACUGUGACCUGUUUUGUAACCGAACAGUGAGUGACUGCUGCCCAGAUUUUUGGGGCCACUGUAUGGGAAUCGAUCCUCCUCCCAGAGGUAUUUGUGAAAGAAAUGGCCACAGGUUCCACUCCGGUGCAACCUACAAAGAGAACUGCAAUUUAUGUACAUGUAGUGCCACUGGUCAGUGGGUCUGUGAGGAACACGCCUGUCUGAUCGAACAGGAGUUAAUCCAGGCAGUGAACUGGGGAAACUAUGGGUGGAAGGCAGCUAACUACAGUCACUUCUGGGGUAUGAGUCUGGAUGAGGGUUUGCGCUACCGUCUUGGCACUCAGCGACCUUCCAGAGCCAUUAUGAGCAUGAAUGAGAUUCAGAUGAACAUGGAUAACAACGAAUACAUUCCAAGCUACUUCAACGCUGCUGAGAAAUGGCCAGGAAAAAUCCACGAGCCCCUGGACCAGGGCAACUGUGCGGCCUCGUGGGCCUUUUCCACAGCAUCUGUAGCAUCAGACCGAAUCUCCAUUCAGUCUAUGGGUCACAUGACCCCUCAACUGUCACCCCAGAAUCUGAUUUCCUGUGACACACGUAACCAAGGUGGUUGUGCUGGAGGACGCAUUGAUGGGGCCUGGUGGUAUCUGAGGAGACGAGGGGUGGUGACGGAGGAGUGUUAUCCGUUUAAUCCACCCCAACAGACCUCUGAUGAAAUGAGCCGCUGUAUGAUGCAGAGUCGCUCAGUGGGCCGAGGGAAAAGACAGGCCACGGCUCGUUGUCCCAACAGCCACAUCUACCACAACGAAAUCUACCAGUCCACCCCACCAUACAGACUGUCUACAAAUGAGAAGGAGAUAAUGAAGGAGAUCAUGGAUAACGGUCCCGUGCAAGCUAUCCUGGAGGUGCAUGAGGACUUCUUUGUGUACAAGAGUGGAAUCUACCGACACACAGACGUGAAUGUACACAAAGCGCCACAGUAUCGCAAACACGGCACACACUCGGUUAAGAUCACAGGGUGGGGUGAAGAAAGAGAUUUCAAUGGGAAAACACAAAAAUACUGGAUUGCUGCCAACUCAUGGGGCAAGAACUGGGGUGAAAGUGGCUACUUCCGCAUUGCACGAGGAGAAAACGAAUGUGAAAUCGAGGCUUUUGUGAUUGGCGUGUGGGGCCGGAUAACCAUGGAGGACAUGCACAGCCAUCACCAUCAUCACCAGAAAAGGCACAAAUAGAGACGCUCAAUCACGUGUCUCUGAUCCUUCUGCCCCCUUCUGAGAUCCGUGUGCACCUCAUCACCAGAUAUUCAGACUCAGUCAGGACUAUGGCAGGAGACUGCGAAAUGGUUUCUGCUAAAUCCAUCAAAACUCCACUGAACAUAUUAUUCGCACCAGUGCUGAUAGGUGUUCGUAAAUAGCCAGUCCUUUUUGUUGUGUGAAUGUGGCCAGGUUGGACUGAAUCCUGUAGUAGUUCUAAUUCUUACUUCUCAACAAUGCAAGAAAAUGCCAAUGAUAAGUCAGUUUAUGACUAAGGAAAAAAAAAGUGGUUCGUGGAAACUUGCCUGUAACUGUAAGCGCACUCAAAGCCCCCUGGUGGCCACACACCCAAAUUACAACUACACAUCUACUUUUCACACGAGCUCUUAUAGCCUGAGUGGGUCGUUCCAGAGGCUAUUCCUGUUUAUUAGGUUGUUUUUGUUUUUUUAUAUUAUCAGCUAUCAUAAGGUAGUUUGUUAGAACUGUAAGUCUGUGAAACUCUGAAUUACUCAAGGUGCAUUUCAGACAGUACAUUCCAGCACACUGGAAAAGGCAAAAACGAGGUGGGGUUUAAUUAUAAAGGAGAUUUUAUUACCAAUUAUUUAUUUUUAAAGAAAUACAAAAAAAAAGAUUUUUAAGGUAAAUUGUUUAUGGUUGUGAUUCUUCUUCUAAAAGAUUGGCCGCUCUUAUUUUAAACAUUUAUUCCAAACCUGAGAAUCAGUGACAGUAGCGAGACAUCUGACCUGGCAUUUUAAAAUCAAUUUAAAGUGAAUUUCUAUUCAGAAACAGCUUCUGUAAUUUAAUGACCACUGAUAUAACAGCUGUGCAGUUUGCUGACCUUUAUAUGCAUUGGUUCUUAUGUUUUGUAUAAAGAAACACUUUAUCUGUAAUAAAGUCUACAUACCUCCUCAGCACAGAUUUAUUUAAUAAACUCUGUACUCUGUGCACGUUCAUAUAUUUA